UUUUUUUUUCACGCUCGGAAUCGUCAUUUCCGUAGUGAAAUCUUCUGGUCCUUAAGCCUCUUUAAAACUGGCUUUGAUUGUUAAGGUUAAGUUUCACUAGGUUUGGAGAUGGGACGAAGAUUUGGAAUAACACUAUAGCACCUAAUCGCAAGGAUUUCUUGUCUUUGUGUUUUCGAUAAUAAUACCGAUUUUAUGUACAGCAUUAAAGUUCGAUCUUUUACUUAAAUCGUCUUAGUAGUGUGAGGAGGCACAAUGAGUGACUCUGAAAAGAACCUGCACCAGGACAUGGUUUCUGAGCUGCAUGGCUCCGCUGCUGCUGGGGACACGGCCAGGCUGAAGGCGCUGCUCGGGCUCGCCCCGUCGCUGCUCGAUGCAGCCGCACAGAAUGGCUGGACAGCCCUCAUGUACGCCGCUAGAAAUGGACACCUCGACGUUGUGCAGCUUCUUCUUCAAGAGGGGUGUGACAGAUCCAUCGUUAAUAAAUCAAGGCAGACAGCUCUUGACAUUGCUAAAUUCUGGGGGUACAAACACAUAGCUAAUUUGUUGGCUAAUGUGAAAGGUGAUCCGAAACCUAGAUUUUUGUCAAAUGAUGUGAAAGAAUAUGAAAAUUAUUUUGGCAUGACACUUCUGGACAGAAGGAGUGAUAAAAGAACAGAUUCUAAGUGGCUAAGUAAAAAACAAAGCCAUCCAGCUACAGUGUACAUCCUUUUCUCCAAUUUAAGUCCCUUGGUUACUUUGGGUGGGGGAAGAGAGAGCUCACAGCAACCAGAAGUAAAGCUUUGCAGGCUGUGCUACAAGGAUGUGCAACAGUGCAUGAACCAAACUGAAGAAUGUACCUUGAUUUUUCUCGGAGUGGACCUUCAGUUUGACAUAAACCUGAUGGCUGCUUGCAAGGGAAAAGUUCAGCAAGAAGAUGAAGAAGAUGGGUUAGUUGCUUGGUUUGCUCUUAGCAUUGAUUCUACUUCUGCUGAAGAAUUUAAACAGAAGCACGAGGAUUGUUACUUUCUUCACCCACCAAUGCCAGCACUACUGCAGUUACCUGAAAAAGAAGCUGGAGUUAUAGCCCAGGCAAGAUCUGUUCUAGCAUGGCACCACCGUUACCGAUUCUGCCCAACCUGUGGAAGUGCAACCAAGAUUGAAGAAGGGGGUUAUAAGAAAACUUGCUUAAAAGAAGAUUGUCCCAGUCUCCAAGGAAUUCACAACACAUCAUAUCCAAGAGUUGAUCCUGUUGUGAUCAUGCAAGUCAUCCAUCCAGAUGGCAACCAUUGCCUUUUAGGUAGGCAGAAGAGAUUUCCCCCAGGAAUGUUUACCUGCCUUGCUGGAUUUAUAGAACCUGGUGAAACCAUAGAAAAUGCUGUUCGAAGAGAAGUAGAGGAGGAGGCUGGAGUCAAAGUUGCCCAUGUUCAGUAUGUCUCUUGUCAGCCAUGGCCAAUGCCCUCCUCCCUAAUGAUUGGCUGCUUAGCUGUUGCAGUGUCCACAGAAAUUAAAGUUGACAAGAAUGAAAUAGAGGAUGCCCGCUGGUUCACUAGGGAACAGGUCGUGGAAGUUCUCAUUAAAGGAAACCAGCAUUCUUUCUUUGUACCACCAAGUCGAGCUAUUGCACACCAGUUGAUGAAACAUUGGAUUGGAAUGACUGCUAAUCUUUAAUUCAAAUAAUUGAUUUCUUUAAGUUAUUUCUUCAGUUGAAUGCUUAAUUAGGAAUAAAUUAGAACUGUUUGUUUAGUGAAUGUGUAACCAAGCCUUUACACUGGUUCCAGAGCUAAACUAUGCAAAUCUUUGUAGGUGCUUUCAGACCUGAGUUAGAUUUGGACAAAAUGAAAUAAUUAUGCCAAUCAAGUAAACAAAUAAGUAGAAUUAGUACCUUGUUGAGUACAGGCUGUGUUUCUUGUUCUAGAAUGAAAUGAUUAUGCCUUUUUCUCUUAUACUUUUUAUGUUUGAUUUGGUCUUCCCCCACUGGACAGAGUCACAGCAUUACAAAGAGGGCUGUCUGACCUUGUCUGCUGUUCGAGUUCUCUGCUUACAUCCUCCUGUGUGGCCUUAAUUAUUUCUUCCUCAUUUUUGCAUAUCUCCAUUUUUUAAAUUUGACCUGUCACAAAAAUCUGCAUUCCGUGUUGAAAGCCUUACCAAGUAUGGUUAUUUUAAAGUUAAUAUCAUAUGUAUGCUAAGUGAAUAUGUGGUCCUUUGUAUCUUUUACAUUAAUAACCUAAUUUAUGUUAAUGCUCUAAGCAGUGCAUUUACUCGUCCUUUCUGACUUGGCCUGCACUUACCCAAUUGUAUGUCAGCCUGAACUUAAAGGUAUAACACAGUACUUUGUUUUUGAAAAAGAUGUUGGAGACCCAUCCCUGACUGCCAAAGUAUUAGUAUUUUUAUAAGAUAAUAAUGUACGUAUUGAUGCUAGGCAGUGAGUAAUUUCAUUCUCUGAUAAUUAGAAAUGAAAUUAUAGAAAAAUGGGAGAAGGAAGAACAAGACAUAUCUCAAAAUACGCACAAAAUUCUUUAUGGAAAUAGAGAUGCUAAGAUUGUUACUGCUAUUAAGAAUCUUAUAGUUGAAAGAAGUAUAUUAACUGCAGCUAUAAGACUGGAAUAGCAAUAUGUUAAUUAAAAUAUUUAUUUAUGUGUUUUUAAUGGUACAGUUCAGAUUUGUGCCUUAAUUUAUCAAGUUAUUUAAGAUAAUGAUGAAAUUCUAAAAAGGACAGUAUACUGACUUAUUAUUGAUUUCAUUAUGUAAUAGUUUGUAGUCUGUCAUUCUGCAGUCAUUGCGGGGAUAUCAAAAGAAAUGCAAAUGACCUGAGGAAAAUGCAAUUAUAGUGACAAAUGUUAACUUAUUAUUUUAUUAUUUGUUUCUUUGGAGUAAUUUAAAUUGUUUUUAACAAUGAAUGGUGUCAUAUUUUUUCCAAAAUUCUCAGCAACCUGGAAUCCGUAAAACUGUUUUACUAAUCCUGAUUUGUUCUUUUUUUCCCUAUCCAUGUCACACUAUGCUCAGCAGUUUUUUUUGGUUUUUUUUUUUUUUUGUAAGGCAAUACCUAAGAAACUUUAAAGCAAGAAGCCUUCCUGACAGAUUGGGAGUAUUUGACAUAUUGUGUUGCUUCAUUCUCUCCCUCGUUUUAGCCAUACAUACAAAUAAAUAGAAGUUAUCUCUUGAGGUGUCUGGCAAGAGAAAGAAACAAUACACUGCUUCCCUUAAAAAUUGCUUUUACAGAGAAGGCAAGUUAUAGAAAGCUGUUGUAGGCCACACAUACCAGCAGGACUGCAUGGUGACAAUGGCAGUUAUAAGUUGGAGGUUGCUCAUAGAGUAAAGGAGAAUAUUGUAAAGUAUGCAGAAAGUGGUGGAAGCUGAGUAAUAAAAGGAAGUUUCAACUAGUGCUGUAGUGAUUGCAUUCAGAGAGAAGAAUAACAAAGGAGUGAGGAGCGAGGGAGGAUAAAGUGUAGAGCAAAUAUAGGUAGCAUAAAAAUGUACAUGACUAAGACCCAUAGGAAUGCUUUUGGAACUAUUGGAAUUUUUUUUGUGUAGAAAAUUAUGGUGAGUGGCUAUAGAGAUGGGCUUAUAAAAGUGAAACUCCAAACACAGUAUCCCUAACCAAUACUGAUGUUAAUAAUCUGUCUUCUUUUUGAGAAUCUGUAUACCAGUAUAUUUCUGCAGUUACAAUGCUAAUAAGUAAAUUGAAAAUGUACACUUUCCUAUAUGAAAAAAAAACCAGAAAAAUAAUUACAUGACAAAAGGACCACACUUAAUCUCUGAUUUUGAGAGUAAUAUUUUAAUGAUCUUUCAAGUCUAAUAACUUCAGUGUGUCAAUAAUUUUUAGUCUUUAUAUUAUCUCUCUUGUUUAAGAAAACUAGUUAGGUACAUCUAAUAUUUUUAAGAAAAUAUUUUUCCUGGCAUUUUAUUACUUAAUUUUCCCUGUUUGUAGGUCAGGAUUUGAAUUUAUUACUUACACAUUUUUUGAAGGACACUUACUUUAUGCAGUUCACAUAGGAAAUGUCGAAUUGAAGAGCCAAAUGCUGUGGUUAUCUGGCAACUACAGCAGUUCAGGAAAGUGCCAAAUUAAAUUUAGAAGCAGUUGAACAGACUGUAGUGGUUCUGACUGGAGUGUUGUAUGGGCAACACCUCCAGAAAAUCUCAGUAGUUCAACUCACGCAAAAAACAGCAGCAGCUUUUGCAGCAGGCUUUUUCUUGACACAAAGUUAAUGCAGUAGAUUAAGAGAAUAACUAAAAAAAGUGGUUUUUUCUGCACUGUGAGUAAUGAUCUGUCUCUUUUCUCCCUUGCUUGUACAAUGGUAUCAGACCAAAAAGUACUCAUGACAUCAGAUGUACAAGGCAGAAAGUUCUGGAGAUGCUUGUUAUCGCAGUUUGCCUGCAAGAGAACUACCUUCUAUUCAAUACAUAAUUUGAAAAUAUUAUGUAUUUUAUCUAUUUUUAUUAUUAUUUACAGAUAACAGAAAUAGUAGCUUAAUAAAGCAGGAAAAGAUAAUUAGGUCUUUGAAUACAAACCAAAAUUGAUACUUCUAAUGAAACUGUAAUCUCAUGCAAUGUAAUGACAUUUUAUGUAAAUAUAAUACUGACAAUGAUAUUUUUACAAACUUUGCAUUUGUCCCAAUAAAUAUACUUCUUUUAACUCA